CCAUCAACGCGAACUUCGAUAGGUUCUGGCGAUGAGACUAAGGAUCAGUCGAAGGCGGCAAAGCGCUUACAGGUUAAAGUCUUCGUUGAAGAAACACUCAAAAAAGGUGUGCAAGGACUAAUAGCCGAGUUCAAAGCAAUGAAAAGAGUGAACGAUUUCACUAAAAUGACCGAGUUUGUCGCACAGAUUCCACAAGGAAGGAAUCGUUACAAGGACGUUGGAUGUCUCGAUGCCUACCGGGUUGUCCUGAAACUCGGGCCUGUUUCAUACAUCCAUGCAAACUACGUGUCAACGCCAAUGAAUGCCAAGCGCUUCAUCUGCACUCAGGCUCCACUGCCAAAAACGUGCGCAGAGUUUUGGUAUAUGGUGGUGCAAGAAAAGUCUGUGGCUAUACUUAUGUUGUGCAAUUUUGUGGAACAGAAUGCCAAAAAAUGUGCCGAAUACUUUCCGACGGAGGAGGGAACGCCGCUUGAAUUUGAUGAAGUCAGCGUUGUGAUGAAGAAGCAAGAGCAUUACCCAUUUCAUUCGAACAAAGUGAAGGGUGAUGGUGAGACAAGUUGGAAGUGA